AUGACCGCAGAUGCCUCGAUGAACACAGACUGUCUCACAGCUACCAAAGCAUCUCCCAAGGUGGUCUCUAUGUCCACAGAGGUCUCUAGGUUUGCAGAGGGCCCUGAUUAUCAUGAGUAUUCCAUGCCUCCUGCUGCAGUCCCAGAAGUGGCCACACCUCCUGUUACAGUCCCAGAAGCAUCCAUGCUCCCUUCUGCCAUCCCUGAAGUGGCCGUUCCCCCUUCUGCAAUCUCAGAAAUGACCACGUCCCCUUCUGCAGUCCCAGAAGUGGCCACAUCCCCUGCUGCAGUUCCAGAAGUGGGCAUGCCCCCUGCUGCAGCACCUGUGUCUCCUACGCUGCCAGCAGCCUAUGAGGCUUCUAUACCGCCUACAUCCCCUGAGUUUCCUAUGCCAGCUGCAUCGCCUGAGGUCUCUAUGCCAGCUGUAGUCUCAUCCUCUUUCCCCGCACUGAUUGGUCACGGUCUCUUGGGGUGUCAUUCACCAUUGGUCUACCCUGUGCUGGAUGGCCCCCUGGCCGCCCACCUGGCUGCCAACCUGAACUAUAGUCCCAUGAUGGGCGGUCCCCCAGCCAUCUACCUGAACUAUGGUCCCAUGAUAGGCAGUACCCCAGCCAUCCAGGCUCUGUCUUCUACACGUGAGCAUAAGCAGCCGCUGCCCUCAGACAUCGCAGUCAUCAUGUACACCAGUGGAUCCACAGGUGUCCCCAAAGGCGUCAUGAUCUCCCAUGCCAACAUCAUCGCCAGCAUUUCAGGGAUAGCUGAGAAGAUACCCAACCUUUGCGAGGACGAUACGUACAUCGGCUACCUCCCUCUUGCUCAUGUGCUCGAGCUUUGUGCUGAACUUCUGUGUAUUUCUCAUGGCUGUAGAAUUGGCUACUCCUCACCUCAAACUCUUGCUGACCAGUCAUCCAAGAUUAAGAAAGGAAGCCGGGGAGAUGCCAGUGCCCUGCAGCCCACCCUGAUGGCAGCAGUCCCGGAGAUCAUGGAUCGUAUCUACAAGAAUGUGAUGACCAAAGUUGAGCAAAUGAACAGCUUCCAGCAAACUCUCUUCAUUUUGGCAUACAACUACAAACUAGAGCAGCUUUCCAAAGGAAACAGCACACCACUGUGUGACAGGGUGGUGUUCAGGAAGGUUCGCUCUCUGCUGGGAGGUCAGACCCGGGUCUUGUUGUCAGGUGGAGCGCCUCUUUCUGCAGCCACGCAGCGCUUCAUGAACAUUUGCUUAUGCUGCCCAGUGGGUCAAGGUUACGGUCUGACAGAGACCUGUGGUGCUGGGACAGUUAGUGAGCUUUGGGAUUACAGCACUGGAAGAGUGGGAGGGCCACUGGCUUGUUGUGAGAUCAAGCUCAAAGACUGGCUGGAGGGAGGUUAUCGAAGUUUGGACAAGCCACAUCCCAGAGGAGAGAUACUCAUCGGUGGACUCAAUGUAACCAUGGGUUACUACAAGAGUGAGGCUAAAAACCAAGAGGACUACUUUGUAGAUGAGAACAACCAGCGGUGGUUCUGUACCGGAGACAUCGGAGAAAUUCACGAAGACGGUUGCCUCAAGAUUAUUGAUCGUAAGAAGGACCUGGUGAAGCUGCAAGCAGGGGAGUACGUCUCUCUGGGAAAGGUGGAGGCUGUGUUGAGGAACUGUCCUCUGGUGGACAACAUUUGUGUCUAUGCCAACAGGUGUGUGGGGGGCACUGUUCAGAAAGUUAUCUGA